AUGUCAAGAUCCAAAUCAACGCCGGACAUUUAUAAAGUGACAGUGACGCGAACAAACUCUAAGACUCUGGACGAAGAACUUCUCGAGUUGUGCAACUUGAGCGGGGUAACCCUGGAUCCCGAUGUAUUCAAGAUACUGUUGGAUUUGAUAAAGCUUAACGUUUCUCCGACUUCCUUGGUUAGUAUUUUGAAGAAAAUUGCUGCAACUAAAGGAUAUCCCAGCGACACGCCAUCGCAUUCCACGACGAAGUUGAGUUCCUCAAGUUCGUCGAUGGCUACUAGUAGCUUUGACACAUUGCAGUCUUCGCAUUUGGGUUCAAGCUCUAGUUUAGGGUCAACUCAAACAAGCCGCGAAAGAAUUCCGAUCUCCAGCCGUUUGAAAGAGUUGAAAGCACAAGCAGCCAUGCAACAGUAA